AUGCUAGCAUGUCCUAGCAGCUCCGUCCAUGGCCUCGCCACGCUUCAACGGCAUUCCCAACCAUCUCACUUCCUCCUCUCCAAGCCUCUCUUUUUCUCUCCCUCCCCUCGCCUCGCCGCUUCCCGCAAAUGCAACAUCCGCUCGCUUCCUUCCGGAAGGAACAGCCGCCGCUCCGUCGUCAGAGCUUCUACGGACUCGCCGGAGGCGUUGAAGUCCGUCGUCGGCGGCGACGGUGGUGUACUGCAACCAUAUUCCGUGAAGAUUCCUGUUGGUGAUAGACAUAUUUUGGUUGAGACUGGUCAUAUAGGAAGACAGGCAAGUGGUUCUGUUACAGUUACAGAUGGAGAGACUAUUUUGUAUACAACUGUUUGCUUGGAUGAUGUUCCCAGUGAACCAUCUGACUUUUUCCCUCUUUCUGUUAAUUAUCAAGAGCGUUUUUCAGCGGCUGGUCGCACUAGGUUAAUUGAUAGGCCUCUACGUCCUAUUAUGCCCAAGGGAUUCUAUCAUGAAACUCAAAUAUUAUCUUGGGUUUUGAGCUAUGAUGGAUUGCACUCCCCUGAUUCUCUGGCUGUCACUGCAGCUGGUAUAGCAGUUGCACUUUCAGAAGUGCCAAUGUCAAAAGCAGUUGCUGGGGUCCGUGUUGGUCUUGUUGGUGAUAAGUAUAUAGUAAAUCCUACAAUUAAAGAGAUGGAACACUCGGAGUUGGACCUCUUGCUGGCUGGCACAGAUAGUGCAAUAUUGAUGAUAGAGGGCUAUAGCAAUUUUCUUCCAGAAGAACAGUUACUUAAAGCUGUCGAAGUUGGUCAGGAUGCAGUGCGAGCGAUCUGUAAUGAGGUAGAAGCUUUGGUUAAGAAGUGUGGGAAGCCAAAGAUGUUGGAUGCCAUCAAGUUACCUCCGCCUGAACUUUAUGAACAUGUUGAAUUCCUCGAUAUGAUUGAUGUUUGUGAAUCAGUCAUUGGGAAGAUGCAGAUCAACAAUCGGUUUGAUGAAUAUCACUGUGGAAAAACUGUAGCAAUUAUGGCUGCUACUCUAAAUAUAAAAAUGGCAAUGAAGACUGUUGGCUAUGAUGAAGACAAACGUGGCAAUGAAGGCCACAGAAGUUGGAUAGAAACUUACGUGGGUGGGAAUGUGCAGAAAAUUGCUGGUGAUGAGAUAGUAAAAGUUCUUCAAAUUAGUAACAAAAUACCAAGAAGAAAAGCCCUUUCAUCAUUAGAAGAAAAGGUUUUGAAGAUACUCACAGAAAAUGGGUUUGUCACAAAUGAGUUGAAAUUGAGGAGUAAUUCUGAGAACAUUGGAGAGAUUCUUGAGGAUGAGGACGAAGACGAGGAAGUAAUUGUUGAUGGUGAAGUUGACGAAGGUGAUGUUCAUAUAAAGCUUACUUCACACAAACCAGCACUUUUAUUUUCUGAGGUAGAUGUCAAGUUGGUAUUUAAGGAAGUUACAUCCAAAUUUUUGAGGAAGCGCAUAGUACAGGGGGGGAAAAGGAGUGAUGGGCGAACACCUAAUGGAAUACGACCAAUCAACUCUAGAUGUGGCCUAUUACCCAGAGCUCAUGGAAGUGCUCUUUUUACAAGAGGCGAAACACAGUCGUUGGCUGUGGUUACACUUGGAGAUAAACAAAUGGCACAAAGAAUAGAUUGUCUUGAUGGUGAUGAUGAAUUGAAGAGGUUCUAUUUGCAGUAUUCAUUUCCUCCUUCAUGUGUUGGGGAAGUUGGCCGGAUUGGUGCCCCGAGUAGAAGAGAAAUUGGUCAUGGGAUGCUUGCUGAGAGAUCCCUUGAACGAAUUUUGCCUUCUGAUAAUGAUUUUCCUUACACUAUACGUGUAGAGAGUACUAUCACAGAAAGCAAUGGCUCUUCAAGCAUGGCUUCUGUUUGUGGAGCUUGCUUAGCAUUACAGGAUGCUGGUGUUCCUAUUAAGUGCUCUAUUGCUGGAAUUGCAAUGGGUAUGGUACUGGACACCAAGGAAUUUGGUGGAGAUGGAACUCCACUUAUUCUGUCUGACAUAAUUGGAUCUGAAGAUGCAUCUGGAGAUAUGGAUUUCAAGGUUGCUGGCAAUGAAGAUGGCGUAACUGCAUUUCAAAUGGACAUUAAGGUGGGUGGAGUCACUUUGCCCAUCAUGAGAAAGGCACUCCUACAAGCAAGAGAUGGCAGGAAGCAUAUACUUGAAGCAAUGAUGAAUUGCUCACCUCCUCCAGCAAAUAAGCUUUCAAAAUAUGCUCCUCUGAUUCAUGUUAUGAAGGUGAAACCGGAUAGAGUAAAUCUUAUAAUUGGUUCUGGUGGGAAAAAAGUCAAGAGCAUUAUUGAGGAAUCUGGAGUAGAAGCUAUUGAUGCAGACGAUAACGGCAUCGUGAAAAUAUUUGCAAAAGAUUUGCUUAGUUUAGAGAAAUCUAAGGCUAUCAUCAGUAGUUUGGCGAUGGUUCCAAGUGUUGGUGAUAUAUACAGAAACUGUGAAAUCAAAUCAAUAGCUUCAUAUGGAGUUUUUGUAGAGAUAGCACCUGGACGAGAGGGACUUUGUCAUAUCAGUGAACUGAGUUCAGGAUGGCUACCUAAGGCAGAAGAUGUGUUCAAAGUGGGAGAUCGCAUUGAUGUAAAGCUUAUAGAGAUAAAUGAAAAGGGCCAGCUGCGCCUGAGUUACCGAGCACUGCUUCCUGAUACAGAUGCCGACAACUCAAAUGUUAAGCCUACUGGUGAACUAGCUGACGACACAGAAACUUCACCAAAAUCACCUGAAAAGUCUAAAGAUAAAUCUAGCACUCCCAAAAUCACAGCCUCUUCUAAAAGGAGUUCAGAGGAUGAUUCUGUACUUCCAUCUAAAAAGUUUAUCAAGAGAUUGGUCAGCUCUUCCCAGGAUAAGCCCUUCACUAACAAAGACAAAACAAAGAAGAGUAGCAACAAAGCAGUUGGUAGUGUGUCUGGCAAAGAUGAAAGCAGCUUGGUUAGUGGAGAGGCGUAA